AUAGUAAAUUCUAGUAAGCAAAAUCCGAAUAAAAAAUGAAGGUCUUAGUUGUCGGGUUUUCCAAAACGGGAACAAAAACAAUGAAUUCUGCUCUUCGCAUCCUUGGAUACAGCAUUUAUGAUUAUGAAGAUAAUUUUUACUAUCUGCGAAACGAUUGGAUAAAGAUUCUCACAAAAGGAGGAACAAAAGAAGACUUUUAUCGAAUGUAUAAAAAUGUUGAUGCCUCCAUGGAUAUUCCGGUCGUCAUUUUUUGGGAAGAAAUUUUGGAGGCUUUUCCGGAUUGUAAACUAAUUUUCAUGCGACGGAAAGAUGAGGAAGAUUGGAUAAAGAGUUGGGAAAAACAGGCAAAAAGCGUAGCAGACAAUUAUUUGAUGAAGUUACUUUCUUGCUUUUCUCCGACUGCUUAUUCUAUCAUGCAGUACAGUCAUCACGUUGGUCGAAUUGCAUUCGGCGCUCGCCCUCACAGAUGGUAUGAAGCAUACCAAGGAAUAAGUCCAACUGUGGCGAAAAAGAGAUAUCGUGAUCAUAAUACUUCAGUUUUGACGAGAGCACCAAAAGAUCAAGUUAUCGAGUUCACACUAAGCGAAGGAUGGGAUCCUCUUUGCAAAUUUCUCGGAAAGCCUAUACCUGAAGUUGAGUUUCCUCACAGAAAUAAGGGAGCCAGCUUAUUGGAUGAUUAUUUGAAGGAGAAUCCGGUAUUUUUGCAAAUGAAAAAAGAAAUGAAAAUAAUCCUCACUCUUUUUGUCGGUCUUCUUUCCGUAGCUGGCUAUUUCUAUUUUAAGUAACUAUCAAAUUUUAGCCUUGCGCAAUACUGGAGUGAGGAAUAAUCUACAGUCAGUAUGCUGCAAGCUGGAUAACUUUUAUGCACGACAAAAACUUGAACAUGCGCACUCUUAUUUUGAAUAUUAAAGCAAAUUUAUCGCGUCAAUCCCACUCGGUGUCAUGACGAAUAUACUAAUUAAUAUUAUAUAAAAAUUGUUCAUAUAGUAAAUAAACUUAUCACAUGA